AUGGCGUUGAAAUUACAACCGUUUCGAACGGGAACAAACCAGAUCUAUCUACCGAAAUUCGCCAUCGCCUUGUUACGGAAGGGUGGUCAACGACCGAAUUUUGCUACCUUUAAGGUCCCCUUACGAUUUAACAAGUUCGAUCUGCGAGACUACUUGCUACAUGCGUACAAUAUCGCCGUGUUGAAUGUGCGAUCGCAACUAAAGCCAAGGCCGACACAUCGCAAGAAGAACGGCCACAUGGUCCGGCCUUUACCAGCGAAGAUAAUGACGGUGGAGAUGCGACAGCCGUUCGUGUGGCCUGCGAGACCCACAGACAUUACCCCGUGGGUUUCAGAGAGUGAUAAAGCGCGACGGAAGGCGAUCACGCAGAAAUGGAACCCGCAGCGGGAACUCAAGAAGACAGGCACGCUCUCCCUGAGGGACGAGAGGGGCCCGGAUAAAGAAAAAAUAGCACUCAGAGAGGCUGCAGCACAACUGUUGAAGACCGGGUCAUGGAAAAAUGGCGAGGGACUAGAUCCCAAGUUUUCGAACCCGAAGUACAGACCAGGGAAGGACAUCUAG